AUGUUUGAAGAGGGAGGAGCUUUCAGAAAACUAUAUCUCCACGACUUUCAUCUCAUGUUCACUCAGUACAAGCUUCCACCCUUCAGAAGCAUCACAUCCUUAUUUACCAGCAUCGACAUGAGAGCAAUUGUAUUCCUGUGUCUGCUGCAUGCAGCUUUUGGUCAGGGAAAAUUUUCCUGGCUCGGACCUGUGCCGAUAACACCCCAGCAAUCCCCCAUUCAAAGCCCAGACGUGUGCGCUGCUGACCAGUCAUCGUGUGGCUGCUGUCUAAUGCAGAGGCAAAUAAGCAGGAUGGAGAGGCUCUUUAACAAGAGCAUUAACCUGCUGAAAGAUGAGCUCAUGAGCUCCAAAUUGAUCCUCAACAAUGUGAGAGCAAGCCGCAGCGCCUUCUCCGUCGCUCUGAACAACAACUCAGCUGUGACCUCGUACGGCCCAUUCUCCAGUGACAGCAUAAUCAAAUACAAACAUAUCUUUAUCAACUUGGGAGAUGGCUACAAUGUGGAGACUGGCAUUUUCACUGUGCCCCGCUCCGGCGUCUACAGCCUGUCCGUCACCAUUUACGGCACUGCUCGCCUGAUCCUGAACAACUGUGCCACUCUGCAGGUUAACAACCAAAAUGUGGCUGAACUCACUGAAAAAAAUGGUCAGGACCUCGAAGACAGCAACACUGCUGUCGUGGCUGUGCAGCUGAAGGCCGGGGACCGGGUGUCUGUCAAGCUGCUCCAAGGAUGCUCCAUAAACGAUGACUUCAACCACUACAACACUUUCACUGGCUUUAUGCUUUAUGCUUCUGACUGA